AUGUCGGAGGCGACUGUGUCGUUGGUGCCUGUGGAGUGCCUGAUCUGUGCGGAGCCGUGCGAUGCGCUUGCCGUCUUCAACUGCGGCCACCACGUCUGUUACAUCUGCGGGCUUCACAUCCACGCCGCCCCGAGUGGCGGGAGGGACGCGGCGGCGAAGGCGACGGCGCAGGGCGGCUGCUGCCCGGUCUGCCGCGGGGGGGCCGACGGGCCGCUGAUCGUCACCCGCAGCCUCCCGGACGGCGGCGACGAUGUCUUCAGCCCCGACGCCCUCCGCCGCCUCCGCGGGGCCUGCGUGGAGGACACUUAUCUCCGCUGCCUCGUCCACGGCAGGGAGCUCGCGCGGGAGGUGGCCAAGCUGUACGAGUACGUGUGCCCCGUGCCGGCCUGCUGGCACCGCGGGGUGCAGGAGCCCUUCUGCGAACUCGAAAUGCUGCAGCAGCAUUUGUGGAUCGAUCACGGAGUGGAGUACUGCUCUGUCUGUCUACAACAUCGGGCUGUUUUUCUAUGUGAGCAGGAGGUGUACUCAAAGGAGGCACUAAGGUUACACAUGGAUGGAAUUUGUCCACAAGACACUCUCUCUUUUUUGGGUCAUCCGAGUUGCAGAUUUUGCGGUAAUAAACGUUUUUAUGAUGAAGAUGAUUUGUUAAAUCACAUGAGACAAGAUCAUUUUUCAUGUGAUGUGUGUAAUCGAACCGAGUUUCGCUUUACCUAUUACCAAAAUCGUCAAAAACUAUUAAUGCAUUUUGAACGUGAACAUAAAUUAUGUGAUCACCCUACAUGUGCUUCACUUGAUCCUAUGGUACGGGUAUUUGCUUCUGAUUUGGAGUUGGCUAUUCACAAACAACGAGUUCAUGGUGUUCGCUCUAAGGUUACACUUUUCGCCCCUGAUGCAACUAGUUCAAGUCCGACUAAUAAUAAUAAUACUAAUAAUAAUAAUAAUAAUAAUUACAACGAUGGCUCGACAACUAAUGUUGCGCAUGCAUCCAACGCAAAUGCUGUUCACAUUACUUUUGAUUUCGUUUCAAGACGAGAGACAGUGGAACUAACUCCAAAGCGAUCCGUAGGAGGAGGAGGAGGAGGCGGAGGAAAAAAAUCAGGUGGUGGUAAAAGAGGUCAAAAAAAUAAGGGUGAAAAAGGAGUUGAAAUUUCUAUGCCGCACAAUGUACAUGGAUUGCCAAUGCAUUUCAGAAAACGAGGUGUGUUAACCCCUUUAAUGCGUGUAGAACCUGAAAAGGCAGAUUCACCUGUGGAAGAAUUGCAUCCAAGAGCUUUUGGUGUUUCAGAGAGUGUAGAAAUAUAUAAUACCAAAAAUAAAGUACCUUCCGAUCGUAAACAACUACAAAGAGAACUUGAUACUGCUUUACAAGAAGAAUUAAAAGAUUUACAAAGGUUAAAUGAUUUUCGUGACUGUACAGCAGAGUUUAUGAGUGGAAAAAUGCUUGCAACUAGAUAUUACAAUUGCCUUCGAGGGGAUUUCUUUCCAUCAGAAAGUGCAUUUGAGAGGGUAUUUCCUUUACUAGUUGCUACAGUUCCACUUCCAGAGAGACGAGAAGCAUUAAUACAAAUUGAGAAGAUGCGAAACUCCCCAGAAGUGCAACGGGCUCACCGGAUGUUAGAGGAAGAAGCGAAGAAGAAGGCAGAAGAAGAACAAUGGAAAUUUCAGACUAAUCUAGCGAGACGUCUUAAGGAAAAAGGAAACAAUAAAAAAGGAAAUAAAGGACCGCGUAAUGUUUGGCUAGAAAAGGGUGGCGCUGGUCUGACUCUUCAACAGAAUAGAGAGCCACAACAACAACAACAACAACAGCAACAGUCGUAUACAGGAAGUAAUAAUAAUAUAAAUAAUAGGAACAGCAAUAAUAAUAAUAAUAACAACAACAGUGGUAAUAACCGUCCUUCUUCUUCUUUACUUGGAUCAGGUUCUUCGCGAGGAACGGCGGGACAACAACAACAACAACAAACGUCACUUGUGUAUACAACAGGAGAGUACUUUCAUGAUCCGGAAGAUUUUCCCUCACUUCCAUCAUCCAAUCCGCGUCGAGCUCUUGGUAUUCCUCAGCCAAAGCGGUCUCAACGUCCUAACGCAUGGUUGCGUAGAUAA